GGCAUCAGGGGGCCGAGUCAGCAUGCCGGUCAGGCCUCCCUGCACGGGCAUGUCUCUUUAGAACAAUGACCUCUUCUGUUGGGCACUGCUGCAGAGCCUCUCUCUCACUUGCCUGGUACCCAGGCAGCUGGCACAUGGCUCGCAGCCCCCAGGGCUCACCUCAGUUUAAGCCCUGCUUAGGGGAGAGUCCCACACUGUCUACCAGAGGCUCUCAGGGCCUAGACCAACCCUGCUUCACUCUGAGGCCCCCCCUAACCUCGUCAGCACACCACCAUCACCUGUGCUUCGGUAACCUCAUGAGCCAAAUGCUACUGAGCUGUGCAGACCCCACAGCUCACGUGAACAAGGCCUCGGGGGACAUGAGUCCAGUGCCUGCUCCUACUCCUUGGUUCCGGGCCAAGGGUGCGUGAGCAAAGCCAGCAGAGACCAGCCUAGCUGGGAGCCUUCCUUAGGACUCUCUCUCACUUAAGUCAGGAAUGUUUGGUAUCUGGAGAGCUUCCAGACUAUUCCUGGCUGGAGCACCAGAUUAGUAACACCAGCCCUUCCAGGGACCCCAUCGCCUGCCUGGCCUGCACUCUGCCUCCCGCCCUGCAAAAGGGAGGUGAAGGGGCAGGGGUGUCCACGGCUUCCUGUUUCCUUUCUAGCUGGGAAGAGGAACAGCAGACAGCAACUUCUGCCUUUGUCCGUGCCCCUUCAUAGACCUGUGGGCAAGCUGCUGAGUUGCCUGGGAUGGCAUUCAACUCUAUUGGGAGCCACUAGGCCCUGAGUAUAACAACCCUGCUAGAGAUCCACUGACUAGAGGCCAGCAGGCCGCCAACCCUCAAGGCUGCUGAGGCCACUGCCCCCAUGUCUCUGUAAUGGAAACUUCUCAGCUGCUCUGUGAGCAACAGCUCCAGUUCCUGCCUCAUGUGGGCUCUGAUCGGCAGCAGACCGCAGGAGAAGGCAGGGCCAUGUUCCAGUAAAUGAGGUCUGCAGCUCAAGUCUUGUGCCCUGAUUCCCACCCGCGGACACGCCAGCCAACCAGAGAGAAUGAGGGGGCCACGUGGGGCUCACAACCUCCCCGGACUGAGAGGGGUGGUGACAGGAAGUGCCCUCCCUCUAUCCUGAGACCCAGACGGCAGGAAUGUGGGUGCCAUGGGGCUGAGCCACAGAGAACUUCAAGGCACGUGCGGUUCCGAGAGCCCCUGGAGGUGGCUGUCCACUACAUUGCCCGCAAGGACACCUCAGCCGCCGCCGUCAAGGUGCCCAGCCGACCAGCUUCCCGCGGUGGCUCUCUACUCCAGCCAGCGUCCUGCAGUGGCUCCCUAUGCCUGUGGCUGACUCUGUGUGUUCUGCUUGGAGUGGUGUUAGGCCUGUACUGUGGCCAGGCCCGUCAUGUCACAGGAGCCCUGGAGGACCUCUGGGGCUGGCUCCUCCUCCUCGUCUUGCGCCUGUGGCAUGUAGUCCUUGCCUGUUGGCACUGCCUCCUGCGGCUCUGACACGCGGCUGAAUGGCAAUUACACCUCUGACCAUCGCCAGAGGGUGAUGUUGGAGGGGGUCGGGUAGGGCGGUUUGGGGGCCAUGGUGGUGUAGCCCAGACACUAAGACUAGCCUCAAGACAGAGCUCCGCUAGCCAAUGCUUGACAAACCCAGGAGCUCCAAAGGGCUGCUGUAGUGGAUUAAGUGGUAAAGGGGGUGCCUCUGGCUUGAUGCUACAAGUACCCCCUACACCAGUCAGCACAGGCUGGGACCUUGGGGCUUUAAGGUUGUACCAGAGAAAGAACUCAGCCAUCGUGGUUGGGGACUCCUGUGCUCCGGCCAGUCCUUUGUCUUGGGAUCCCUGGCCUGCUUGCUGUCAUGCCUGCUUGCUGUCAUGCCUGGAUAUUGUCACGCAUGCCAUACAACCCUUUGAGGAUAAGUGUCACCUGCAUCUGAGGGGCAGUUUGGAAAGACGAGCCCCAAACUCCUGCUGCUUUGAAGGCUAGCCUCGGCUUCUGUCAUACCAUCAGGAGACGAUCUCAGGGGCCUUCCUCUGCAGUUCAUGGGAGCCCUGUGGGUAUCGGAGCCUAGGUAAGGCCACCAGGCCUGCCUUGUCUCCUGAACCCAUGGAGACAUAGUUCUGUCGUGCAUAUUGCAAGGUCAAGGGAAGCAAGCACAUCGUACUGAACUUCAGGACCCCCUAGACCUGCCUGGAGGGGGAGCCCUGAACACAGAGAGGAGGCUCAGUCAGACACCAGGAGGAUCCACCAGGGGGACCCUGCACCACCCUGGAAUAAACUUCUGACCAGGGUUUGGGAGCCAGGGGGAGGCUUGUGGUUGUCCUCUUAAGGUGUCUCCUACUUAUGUGGGCAGAAACAGAUUCCAUAUUAAAACACUCACACCCUCUUCACCUCAGGAUUAUUGCAGAAACGAGGGAUGCAACACAGUUGUUCUGGAAUCCCUUCAGGGUCAAGCAUGCUCAUCUAGACACCAGAGCAUACCCUCCACCCACCCCUACAACCCACAGGUCCUUUGCAGCUGUCAUUCAUGAGAAUUUGGGGGACCCACCAUGCCUCCAGGACCUCAUCCUCCCCAGAAAGAUGUGCUCAGAUUUCUAGCUCACUGGGAUGCCAUCUGCCCCUCUCUGGCCUUCAGGUGCUCCACACAGUGGUCUCCAGCUGUAAAGUUUGAGGGCAUAGUCAGGGAGGGGCCAGUGGAGAGAAACCCUGCUUCCAGGAGUGGUCUAGAGAGGACCAGCCUGGGAAGCCACUCACCAGGAUCAGCCAUCACCAUGGCUACUGUUGCCUGCACCAGCCCAGCUGCCCCAGGACCCAUUCAUCUCAUCCCGCUCUGGUAAAAGGCAGGCUCAUUGCUGGCCUGUUAUUCCAGCUAUGGAAACAGACACUAAGAGAUGAGAUGGGAGACCUUGAGGUCACCCUUCCGUCCCUGCUUCUGAGAGUGAAUACCCUCUAGGAAGGGGAUUGGUCACCCCAUGUUUUACAACAGAGAACCAGGGCUUCCCACCACAGAAAAAGUGUGCCCAGCUCUGUAGGGGCCACAGAACCCUGCCCUAGCUAGAUUGGGUUUUCGGUUUGCUUUGUUUCCUUUCACAGUGCAAACCCAGCACCACUAGGCAAGCCGUCUGCCACCGUGUUACAUCCCCAGUCCUAUUUUGUUCCAGAAUAAAUGUUCAAAGACAUACACAGAGAUACAUGUGCCUAAGAGAUGUCACCAAACCCCAAACUCAUGUCUGAGGGAUGGUGUAGGAAUCGGGGGGAGGGGCCACAAGAGUCAAACUCCUUAAAUGCCCAGGCAAGAAGGACCGCCCCAUGAGCACCUGGAAGCGAACAGGACAAG